AUGAGUCGUUAUAAAGCACUGCAGGAGCCCCUUCAAAGUCCCUUUGAGGAGGCUGCAAGUGCUAUCUUUGGAGUGCUCAUGCUGGUCGUCUUUACGGGACGCCCACCUUUUGUGGAGGCUGAUGGAGAGGGUCAGCUGGUCACGAAAUGGGCGUCGGACUGCCUCUCCUCGGGGGACUUGGGCAGCCUCAACCACCCCACCAUGGACGCCCCUGCUGAUGCUGUGCUGCGUGUGGCUCGGCUCGCCCUCUCCUGCACCGUGGAGCGCACUGCAACCCGCCCAAGCAUGGCACACGUCGCCAACGAGCUGCAGGCCAUCCGGGAGGAGGUGGUGGGGAAAGAGGAGCUGAGCGUGGCUGUGAAGGUGGAUGCGCAGGUGCAGGAGAAGGAGGUUGUUGCCAAUGUGUUAAGCUUCGAUGAACAGCUUCAGAUCAUAGAAGACAACUUGGCAGAAGGAUAA